GUUCAAUCCAAACAUAGCGCAUGCUGGUCCUGCAGGUGUCCAGACCAGCUGUGUUGUUUUGAUAGCAGGCUGGCCGCUGUUAUCUCGCUCUGUCACUGCCGCUCUCAGAGAAAUAUAGAAGCGCCGUUAUGAGCUGAGCAGCGUUUGCUGUUGCGCAAAACAAUCAGCAACGGUCGACAACCUUUCCAGCAGUUCCGUUUCAUGCUUAAGUAAAGCUGCUUCCUGCUUCAUAACGGACAGCACAGUUUGUGGCACAGCUCCGUUUUCUGGACUAAAUGGCUUUAAACCGCUGAGAUAACGUUUCCACUCACGCAGCCACCCUUCAUGUUUCACCGCUCGCUGUAGUUUGUUAAGGAACUACCAAAUUGACAAGAAAACCCGCCAGCAGAGCUACGACCUCCUCUACUCAGUCAGGACUGAUUCAACCAACUUCCCACGGAUAAAGAAGAAGAUCAACACAGAAGACAGGAUCAAAGAUGGUUAGAUGUAUUGUUAUAGUCUUGAUUUGUUCUUUAGCAGUAAACCUUUAUUUGCUUAUUUAUUUGAAAUUUGAUUCCACCUUUAAAAAUCCAACAUCAUCCACAGAGCCUGCAAAACCCAAACAUCUGUCGCAAAAUGACACAAUCAUUCUCAUCUGGUUUUGGCCAUUUAAUAAACGUUUUGAGCUGAAAUCUUGCUGCUCUAAAUUUCAAAUAGAAGGUUGUCACUUAACUGACGACAGAGCCCUGUAUAAGAAGGCACACGGUGUCCUUAUACAUCACAGGGACAUUAGAAGUGACCUGUCAAAUCUGCCCUCUGAACCUCGUCCAUAUUUCCAGAAAUGGGUGUGGAUGCAUUUUGAGUCCCCCAAAAACACCCCCAGAAUAGCAGGCCUGGAAAACUUAUUCAACGUAACUAUGAACUACAGACGGGAUGCAGACAUUUCAAUUCACGAGCAAAUGAUUCUAAAAACCGAAGAUACUAAAGAUGAAAUAUUCCCUGAGGUUUUAAAGAAGAAGAAUAAACUGGUCUGCUGGAUUAUCAGCAACUGGAACGAGGAGCAUGACAGGGUGAAAUAUUACAACGAACUAAAAAAGCACAUCCACAUUGAACUGUAUGGACGCCGAUUUGGACGUGCACUGAGCCAAGAAGGAUACAACAAUGUGCUCACAGAAUGUAAGUUCUAUUUGUCAUUUGAGAACACAAAAUACAUAGACUAUAUGACGGAAAAGCUCUACAAUCCUCUCACGAAGGGCUCCGUCCCAGUGGUUCUCGGACCUCCCAAAUUCAUCUAUGAACGGCUAUUACCCAGCGAUUCAUUCAUCCAUGUGGAUGAUUUUAAAACCCAUAAAGAACUGGCUGAUUAUCUACUUUCACUGGACAAAAAUGAGGAUCAGUACAAGAAGUUUUUUCAAUGGCGAGAAAAAUACAAAGUAAAACAUGUUGAUUUUCCCAGAGAGCACGCAUGCCUUGCAUGCCAUUACAUUCGUAACAGAAAUGACUACCAGGUUUUUACAAACCUUAAUAAAUGGUACUGGGACUUAGGUCACUAAGUAUGUUUUGACUGGACUUUCAAGGGACAUCAUGAGUGAAAUUGCUGGUUUGUACCCAUUGAGACCAGCUACUGGGAUUUCUGUGGAACAGGAUUAACCUUUGUAGUUUUGAAACAAGAUGGAAAGGUGGCAAAUGCGAGGGAAAAAAGUUGAAAAAAGUUGAAAAUGUCUGUAGCACCUUAAGAGCACCUCUGGGGACACUGGCUGGACCUGCAAGGUGACCUUUCUCAGCGUCUUAUACACUUCUGUGAUGAACAGAGCGCCUGGUCCUCCCCUCCAGGAACAGCUUUCAGCAGUCUCGAGUGUUCAGUGUUCAGAGCCUCACAUCAAGCAUACAGUUGGUGUCCCUGAAGUUCUGGUUCCUAUAGUGUGAAACGUGCAAGGCCUUUCCACAUUAGUCUGGGAUCAUUUGUGGUUUAAUAUAUCUCCAGUUUUUGUCUGUACUGCUUUUUGGCAUUUUUUAUGCUUUUGUGGACAUCAUACCUCACUUUUUCAAAGAGUCAGCACUGCCAGAUUUAAAUGCCAUACAGUGGCCUGUAAGCUGAGCCAGACUCGUGCGUUAAACCAGGGUUUCUGAUUGGCGUAGAUGAGAAUAUCUUUCUAGGGUACAGGGUCUGUUAAGAACCAUGAAUAUUAAAAGAACGCUUUGCAUGAUUAAAGGGAAAAUGGUGUUCCAAAAAGUGUUCCAUUAUUGUUACAAGCCAAAGAAGCCUUUUUUUUGGUACUAUAUAGAACCCUUUUUGCUAAGAGUGUAGAAUUUUCCUUUAGGAGUGACAGAAGAUGUUUAGUAAAUUUGAUUUGUGUUAAAAAGCUCUUUGUUUAUUAUUAUGAUAUGAAAGUUACUCUGAAAAUGAGUUCAUAUUUUAGGAGCUGUUCAUGCAGAAGGCCAGGUAGUUCCAAGAGUUCUGACACUUUUCACAGAAAUGUUCGGUGGCUUUGUCUAUUUUUCCAAAACUCACCUGAAGGUCCAGUAUACUGGACACUGAAUAUUUAAAGUUUCCCAGUAAACAAACAAAUAAACAAAUAAACAAACAAACAAAAAAAACAGUUUUAUUUAGUGCAGAGCAGGAAACUUGUUUCAAAAUAAAACACUUUGUUUGAAAGCGUCCAGUUCUGUUACUGAGGAGGGUAUACUUUUAACAGUAUUUUAGAUGAAAUUUAUAAAUUUUCCUGCAGACUCGUAUUGUAGACUCUUCACACACUUUGAAUUCUGCCUCAGAUGAUGAUGUCACAGUGUCCUUGAAGCUGAUUGGCUGUGCUUGUGUAACAGAGCUAAAACAAAAAGAAAAGAAUUAAUAAUAAUAAUUGUAGUUCUUAGUUGUGUGAAUUCUUCCAAAAUUAUUGUUCAUAAGAAAUCAUUUUUGUUAUAUAUUUCUUGUUACUUUGAGCUAAAUUGUUGUUUUAUAUUUCAUUUUUCAAAAAAUACUGAUUCUUGCUAUGUUAAUAACGCAUACAAGUUCAAUGUGCUAGUUUGGACUACAAUUCCCUGCUGACAUGUGCGCAACUGCCAAAGCUCGCGUUUUCUGUUAACUUUGUCCCUUCGCGCUUCCCUUACCCCCAGCAGCGCUUUAUACUUUGCUAGGGGUCAAUUGUGUAGCAAAAGCUCUGUGAAUAAUCUCAUAUUUUAGGAAGCUAUAUGUACUUCUGAGAUGAAUGUUAGCAAGCAUCAUCUGUAAUAACAGUCAUAGCGCUUAUGUGCUGCGUUUUGGACAAGUAUUAGCGCAUAUUUAACCGAAUUUAAUACUUUAAUUCCCGACGGAAUUACUGGCGGGGUUCUAUGCAGACGGCAUCGGUUUUUGGCGCCAGUUGGGGAAUGAGCUAGAAAAUGUGCUUAAACUUCCGUUUUCCUUUCCUUUUCUCACUUUUGUAGAGCUAUGGCUGCCUCCAUUUUUUUGUCUGAUUUUUGUUUUUUGUUUUGUUUUUUUUUUGUUUUUCAACUUUGUUGCUUAUCUUUUUUUAUACAUCUUUUUAUACAUCUGCAUUUUUUUUAUCAUGUCUCUUAAGGUAGUUUAUUUCAGGUUUUUUUUUAUUGCAGACUGGGCUUUGAUAACAUGCUAAACUUCUGAACAUUUGAAAUCAUGUCUACAGGUUAUUUAUAAUUGUCUGUCGACAAUGUGUUCAUCCCUUUAAUCUAUAACUUUUGAAGACCUGCUGGCCGAGAGAGAUUGUUUUUGGAGGAGGUAGUUAUGACAUUUGUCCACUAGAUGUCAUGAGAUACUGUAACUCUCCAACAUACUACUGUUCUGCCUACAUUUAAAAAAAAAUGGUAAUGUAAGCACUGUAUUUCACUAUAUAUGUUUAUAAGCACUAGAUAUUUUUCAUUUCUAUGCUCUUGUAAUGCUGAAAGAUGAUUUUUCUAUUUAAUUUUUACAGUCGUUCAAUUUGAAUUACAAUUCUUUGUGAUGUCUUCUUAUUUUUUGGGGCUUUGCCAUCAGAGAAAUUACUGAUGGUUGUCUUUCAUACAUUUCCAGAUUAUUGAGUUUCACCAUGCCUAGUUGAGAGUAAAUGACCCAGCAACAUUUCCAGCUGUCCAGUAUAGCUGGGACUAAGGAACUGAAAAUUGUGGGUUUUCAAAUUUAAAUCUAAUUUACUCUUAGUCCAAGACCACAAGGGAAGACAAGGCUCAAAUACUUGGAGCAGUCCACUUCAGAUGAACAACUAGCAAGUGAAAAUAUUUUAGAUCAAUAUAUCUAAUAUAUCUUAUUAUGGGAUUGCUGUAAAAAUAUUGAGAUUAUCAAAUUUUUCAACGAUUAUAGACGUUUCCUUAUUUUGUCAUUUUGUCUUAUGAAAUCUUAUGUGUCUUAUUCCAUUGGCUGACAGUUUUGCUUGUUUCAAGCAUUAUUUAAUAAGCACAAUGAUCUGAAUUAUUUCUCAAAAAGACUUGUAAAAUUAUCUGCCAGCGGAGUCAAUUUCACGAAAUAAAAUUAUUUAAACCACUUAAAAAUGUAUAUAAGUAGGUUAAAUAAUCUUAUAAUAUUCUUACAUAUUAUAUUAUAUAUACUGUCUAGAUGUAAGCUGUUUUGGCUUCCUAAGAUGUCAUUGUUUGCAGUGUUGAAUAUGUUGCUGCUGUCAGAACAAAAUCUCAUAUCUCAAAAAUGAGAACUUUACAGGAGAAAGAAAAAAUGUAUUUUAUUUUUAAUGUAAGUCAAUGGAAUCAGACUUUUUUCCCAAAAAGUCAUU